GUAAAUAUGCGUCACAAAAAUUAGAAGUGGAAAUCGGAGAACAAAAAUUUGUACAAAAACAUUAACAUUUGCAUUUGCAAAAAAAAAAUAAAAAAUUUUGCAAAUCUUAUUUAUAUUCCCUCUGUUGUGAUUGUGUGUGUUUGUGUUUUUAACAGCAGCAAAAGAAGAAACGAAAGAAGACUAAAACAAAAACAAUUGUACAAUAGCAAGCAUACAAAAUUAAAAAAAAGACUACGAAAAAGAUAGAAAAUCAGAAUAUCGUGAACUGAGGGUCAAAGUUGCAUUGGGAACCAAUACAGGAAGAAAGAAGUUGAGAACGUCACACCAAACAACCUAAAGUUUCCAAGACCACCAGUAGCAACCCAUUAUCGUCAGCAUGGCAGUGAAUAUGGCAGUAUCACGCAUAAAGCGCGAAUUCAAGGAAGUUAUGCGCAGCGAGGAGAUUGUACAGUGCUCUAUUAAAAUUGAACUAAUCAACGACAGCUGGACUGAAUUACGUGGUGAAAUUGCUGGACCACCCGAUACACCAUAUGAAGGUGGUACAUUUGUACUGGAAAUUAAAGUGCCCGAAACUUAUCCCUUCAAUCCUCCAAAGGUUCGUUUUAUAACAAAAAUUUGGCAUCCUAAUAUAUCAUCCGUUACAGGUGCCAUCUGUUUGGAUAUUUUAAAAGAUAAUUGGGCCGCUGCCAUGACAUUACGUACCGUUUUGUUGUCACUGCAGGCUUUAUUGGCUGCCGCUGAACCCGAUGAUCCCCAAGAUGCAGUAGUCGCCUACCAAUACAAAGAUAAAUAUCAGCUAUUCGUUACGACAGCCAGGCAUUGGACUAACGUUUAUGCAGGAGGUCCCCACAAAUUCCCAGACUGCGAUGCUAAAAUUCAGCGUUUGAAGGAUAUGGGCAUUGAUGAGCAUGAUGCACGUGCGGUUCUAUCAAAAGAGAAUUGGGAUUUGGAAAAAGCAACCGAGAGUCUUUUCAGUUAGCUUCAUUUUCAGCACCACCAGCAAAAGCACCGCCACCUCACAUCUCCCUAUCCUCCCAAAACAAAGUAAAGACUUGGCGCCGUGGGGAUUAUUUUAAGUUCGAGCAACAAUUGGAAUAAUCAGCGCUUAGAGAUGGAGAAAAGGCAAACACAGAACACAAACACAAAAAUAAAAGAACAAAUGAAAACCCUAUUCAGAAACGAUUACCCAUUGGAUGCGCUUAAAGGCCAAAUCAUCCAAGAGUAUUCCAUUUCUAUUCUGUCUACUCUAGAGCCCUCAUGGAUAUUUCAUUUGUAAGCAAAGCACAUCUUUUUUAUUGCAAACGAAGAACGUUACAAAAAACUAUGAUUCACUAUUAAACCUUACUAUCAAACCUUAAGCCUCCGCUGCCCUGUCCUCGGCAUCCUUCCCCCAACCCCAACCCAAACCCAAACUCGAACCCGAACCCUCACCUUCCACGUUUAGAAACUUAUUAUAUUCAUGUUGAAAUCUAUCCAAUUUGUUUUAAGUUCGAUUUUAAUCAGUAUCGAGUAAUCUAUAAUUCCAUUUAAAUUUGUUGUUGAAAGAAAUUAUUGCGGCCGUUGAAACUUUUGUAAGUCCGAAUCCAAUUUUUUUUAUGUUUUCUUUUUUGUUUAAAUUUUAAUAAAAUAUUUGUUAUUAUUA